GAAAUUCUCGCGAGAUUACUGCUAGAGGUCGAAGUUGACAGUGCCAUGUGUGACUGCAUACCGCUUCCGCUAAACGACAUUUUCAUGCAAUUCAGCACUAGUUUGACUAAUUGUGUUGAUGUUUACCGUUUGAAAAAUCGCUUUCGGUUAUGUUUUGCGUGAGGACACUUCCAAGUUAUUUGUUUUCGCUAUAGCACAUGCUAAUUCGUGCUAACUUAUUUACUCAGCUCAUGGGACUGUGUACAUCUCAUAGCUGCAUAUUACUCUGUCCUCUCGUUAUUGUUUAGCGUGACAUGUUUGAAGUUCGACCACUAUUAAGUGCCUUACUUAACCGUAGACUGACGCUGCAGGAAAACGGUGGAUUUAUCAAGUUGCUGCGCACAAUGAGUCAAGGAUCCACAGAUCAGCAGACAUCUAAUCUGUUAAAAAGGGCAAAUGAGGAGAACGAGGAUUCUGCAGAGAUAGCCACUAAAAGAGUGAAGGCAGAUGGGGAACACAUCGAAGAUGACAAGAAAUUUCCAAAGAAGAAAGUGGUUCUUCUUCUGGCAUACUCUGGCAAAGGAUAUUAUGGGAUGCAGAGAAAUCCUGGAAACUCCCAGUUCAGGACAAUUGAAGACGAUCUGGUCACUGCUCUGAUUAAAUCCGGAUGCAUUCCUGAAAACCAUGGUGACGACAUGAAGAAGAUGUCCUUCCAAAGAUGCGCAAGAACAGAUAAGGGUGUGUCUGCUGCAGGCCAGGUGGUAUCUCUAAAGUUAUGGUUGAUUGAGGACAUCAUUGAAAAAAUUAACCAGCAUUUGCCAUCACAGAUCAGAGUGCUUGGAUUUAAGCGAGUUACCCAGGGUUUCAAUUCCAAAAACAACUGUGACGCUCGCACAUACUCCUACAUGCUUCCAACUGUGGCCUUUUCCGAAAAAGAGUAUGAUGCUCGGAACAUAGCAGCCUUUCGGCUGGAUCCAGAAACACUUCAGCGGGUGAACAGGCUUUUUUCCUUCUACAAAGGCACUCAUAACUUCCACAACUUUACCUCCCAGAAGGCGCCGAAUGACCCCAGUGCUCGCCGCUACAUUACAGAGAUGUCUUGUGGAGAGCCUUUUAUCCGCGAUGAGCACGAGUUUGCAGUGAUCACGGUCAGAGGUCAGAGCUUCAUGUUGCACCAAAUUCGCAAAAUGAUUGGGCUGGUGAUUGCAGUUAUUAAGGGCUAUGCUAAAGAGCAGGUUAUUGAGCGGACCUGGGGACUUGAGAAGGUGGACGUCCCCAAAGCUCCUGGACUUGGCCUCAUCCUGGAAAGGGUGCAUUUUGACCGGUACAACAAACGAUUUGGAGGAGAUGGCCUGCAUGAGCGGCUAGAAUGGGAUCAUGAGGAGGAGGCAAUUAAGGCCUUCAAGGAAGCUCACAUCUACCCCACCAUUGUUGAGACUGAGUGUCAGGAGGGCUCCAUGGUCAGCUGGAUGUCCACUCUUCCAAUUCAUGACUUUGAAGGCACAGCUUCCGACACGCGAGACAAUAAGGAUAAAAAACAGAAAAAUGCAGAUGAAGGAAACAAUUCUGACUAACCAAUGCGCCCUGCAGGAAAAAAAAACAUUUUUUCAUCAAAACAUUUCCUCCUUUGAGAAUUUUCAUACAGUUUUUUUGUGCUAUUGAAUAAAACAUUUUCAUUUCAAGUUGUUAUCAAAGAAAUAUAAUAAAGCCUCUUGGUUCUUUAUUGCAACCCGCUUGUUUUCAGAAUGUUAUUUUAAACUGAAAUAAACAUG